CACACACACACACACACACACACACACACACACACACACACACACACACACACUUGAAUUUUAAUUCUUCAGUUUGGCGGCGGCGGCGGUCGCCUUGUGGAUGCGAUUGCUGCUUGUUGCAUGGGCCUGGCUUUGGACGGCAAAGACAAUAUAGGGAUUGGACCGUGUCCGUUUGGAACGGGUGUGCUGCUUUUCCAUCGUUGUCGUUGAUCAUUCAUAGAAGCUAGUGCCAUGGCUGAAUCGAUGGUCGAACCGCCCUUGGUGGCGAGCCCUGACGCCGAGCCCGAGACCUUGACCGAGACUGACACCGAGACUGACCACGACGCAGAAGUCAAACCCAACCCGGCUUUUAGCUGGACCACAACUCAGGUUGCAAACUUUAUCACCGAGGCUGGUUUUGAGCGCUACGCUGCCUGCUUUACAGAAAACUUUGUGGAUGGCCAAAAGCUCCAGUACAUUGAUGCAACACAGCUGAAUCGCUUGGGCGUACGGGACUUUGAGGACAUCAAAGCUGUGGCCGCCAUCAUCCGGCAGCAGUUCCAGCACCCAAUCCCUGAUUCCCAACGCUCCAUCACCGAGGUCACCUUUGCCACCCACUAA